AUGGAAGAACCUGAGCCAGUGGUCCAAACAACAGUAGAUAACAGUUUAUUGAAUCAAGUCUCUGAGAUAUCUAUUGACUGGUCAUCAGAAGAUGAUGAUGAUAGAGAUUAUGCAGAUUGGGAUUGGGAAGAUGAAACAGGAGAUUUCACCAAGAAGUAUAAUUCAGUGAAGUCACCAAAUUCACAGUCAAAUCCAAAUCAACAAAUUUCACAUAGGAGAAAUCAACCAAAUGAAAAAGCAUUUGGUAAAUACGCAAGUAAAAUUCAUGUUGAGAAAUAUGAUGGUCCACGGUUGUCAUCAUCCGCUGUGUCGUCGCUACUUAGUAGUGAUAAAAGAACAGAGGCUGGCAGGAGUCGAGUAAAAGAUAAAGCAGAUAGAGCAACAAUGGAACAGGUUCUGGACCCUCGUACCAGGAUGAUUUUAUUCAAGAUGCUAAACCGACAUGUCAUAUCAGAAAUCAGUGGAUGUAUUAGUACAGGAAAAGAGGCUAAUGUUUACCAUGCUUCAACAAAAGAAGGUAACGACAUGGCAGUCAAGGUUUACAAAACUUCCAUUCUUGUUUUUAAAGACAGGGACAAAUAUGUAACUGGAGAAUUCAGAUUUCGUCAUGGUUACUGCAAGCAUAAUCCAAGAAAAAUGGUGCAGACGUGGGCCGAAAAAGAAAUGCGAAAUUUAACAAGAAUGUACAAUGCAGGUAUUCCAUGUCCACAGCCUGUUAUAUUACGAAGUCAUGUACUGGUGAUGUCAUUCAUAGGAACACAAGGAUGGCCAGCUCCCAAACUGAAAGAUGUAGAACUCAGUGAGUCAAAAGCAAGAGAAUUGUAUUUAAGUUGUAUUCAGUUGAUAAGGAAGAUUUAUCAAGAUUGUAAACUGGUACAUGCUGAUCUUAGUGAAUAUAAUAUGCUAUACCAUGAAGGUGAUGUAUUUUUAAUUGAUGUCUCUCAGUCUGUAGAGCAUGACCAUCCACAGGCAUUGGAAUUCCUCCGUAAAGAUUGUACAAAUAUCACAGAUUAUUUUCGCAAAAACGGUGUCUCUGUGAUGUCAGUGAGAGAACUCUUUGAUUUUGUCACGGAUUCUGCCAUUCAUAGAGAAAACAUUGAUCAAUAUUUAAGUAAGGCCAUGGAGAUUGCAAUCAAUAGAACAGAAGAAGAUGUAACUGAAGAACAGAAAAUGGAAGAAGAAGUAUUCAAACAAUCCUAUAUACCACGUACCAUGGAUGAAAUAACCGACUUUGAGCAAGAUGUAAAGAAGGUACAAGAGGGACAAUCUGACCAGGUUUAUUACCAAGCAGUAAUAGGUAUGAAAACUGACUUAACUGGAGCACAACAGCAACCAAAGUUACUGGAGGAUGAGAGCUCAACUGAUGAUAGUGAAGAGGAUGACAACAGCAAUGAUGAGGAUGAUGAAAAAUCGAAAUAUAAACGCCAAUUACACAGAGAUGAGUCUCCCAACAGUAGAAGGAUAAGAAAACAAGCUGUGAAGGAAGCUCAACGUGAAAAAAGGAAAAACAAGACACCAAAAUUUGUAAAGAAACGAAAAGAAAAAUUAGCAAGACAGAAAAAGGGCAAAAAUUGA